AUGUCGCAUUACAAGGCUAUCAAUUUUUCUAGCAAGAAGCGUAAAAUCGCAAUUAUACCGCAUACCAUCAGUUUGCCGGUAGAAAUGAAGACGCCAUCAGCAGGAGGGCAAUUUAAACUGUUCUUUUUCGCUGAAAAUUUGCAUUUCGGAGAGGCUAUCACAGUUCCGAGCCGAAGUAUCAUCAGACGAUAUUCGCAGGAAGAGGAAGGCUAUUCGAACCAACAAGACGUGGGCAGUGGCUGGAAAAAUGCAGGUGAGGGCUGGAACGAUUGCGCAACUGCACUUGGCGCGCACAGGCACCUCCGGCGAUGGCAAUAA